GGUUUAAUUCAGUUAACGUAUUACAUAAUUUAGUUGCCCUUGUUAAGGAUAUGAACUGGGUGAAUAAGGUUAGUGUGCCAGAAAUGCUUUUCGAAAUCCAGGGAAAAAUCGCGCUGGUAACAGGGGGCGUACAGGGAAUUGGGCAUGAGGCCGUUGAGUCGCUUUUGAAUUCCGGAGUUAAGGGGGUGACAUUAGUCGACGUAAACACCGCGAAGGGGAAAACUGUCGCGGACUCAUUAAACGCGAGGCAUGGCCAAGGGAGGGUGAUCUUUUUACCGGCGGAUGUUUCGGACGAGACCCAAUUUGAGAAUGCAUUCAAAGAGUCUCUAAACCAUUGGAAAGGUUUGGACAUUGUAAUCAACAAUGCUGGGAUUCUGAACGAAGACAACUGGAAGAUGAUGGUCAAUACCAAUACUGUUGGCACGAUACAAGGCACGUUUUUAGGGUUGAAGUACAUGAGUAAAGCUAAGGGAGGUAAAGGUGGGGUGAUUGUAAAUGUAUCGUCAGUUGCGGGGAUAGACGACGGAUGCUACUUCAUGCCCGUGUAUUCCGCUACAAAAAGUUUCGUGUUGACGUUUGGGCGUUACUUGGCGAACCCACUGUACUAUGAACACAAUGAGGUGCGCAUUGUAACCGCUUGUCCUGGCUGGACAAGUACUGACCUCGGUCGCAAUUUAAUUGAUCGUCUUUCAAAUGCAAUCUCUCCACAUGCCAGGGAUAAGGCGCGCGAGAUUUUAUACAAAUGCCCAAGUCAAUUAGCGAGCAACGUCGGAGACGGCAUACGCAAGUUAAUCGCAGAUGGUGCCAACGGAAGCGUCUGGGUUAUCGAAUCUGAUGAACCACCAUAUGAGCUUGAUCCUCCCAAAAAAGAAGCUUUGCGCAAGAAAUAUUCGGGAACAUAAUAAUGUAGUAGUUUCCACAAGCUUUUGAUGUCAAUAGAGACUGGAUUUCCAAUUAAAAUCUUGUUUUCAAAAGAAAA